UGGUCGUACUUCAGUUAAAGGUAAAUGUUUCUUGUGAUUAAAUAUUGGAACUGUGAUUUCCACAGGUCUGAAUUCCAGUACUUUCUGGACACCAUCGCACGAGUGUCACGACCAGGAAACAUGAAUUUGCUGGUUUGGGGGCGACUGUGUUGGCAAUCCCACCCAGAAAAUACGUUUCCAAUGGCCAACGCUCUGCAUGUCGUGCUUAGUAAGACGCUGAGCUCAGUCCCAGAUCAUGCCCACUUUUUGUGUCAAGACUUAGAGAGUGCUGUGCGCCUGGCUACUGAGCCCCCUCUCGCUGACAUAAUAGAAACUAUCUGGAUUAUUGGUGGGACGCAGGUCUAUGAGGAUGCAUUGAAGCACCCGUGGUGUGACCUGAUUUACCUGACGGACGUGAUGGCCGAUUUUGACUGCGAUGUGUUCUUCCCCGAGUUUGACAGAGAAUUGUUUAAAUUACAGGACACGUUUCCUGAUGUACCAAGUGAAAUCCAGGAGGAGAAUGGGAUUAAGUUCAAGUGCCAAGUUUUCAAGAGAGCGACUGCUGAGCCCCUGUAGAGGGGGAUGGAGGAAGGGUUGGGGAAAUAGAUCUCUACCUUCCAAGUUGAGAACUUGAGAAUACUGUCAAAUUCUAAACUUGUCAGUA